AUGAGUAGAUACAGCAGAUAUGAGAUAGAGGAUAGAUUAGGGCCCACUGAUGGCAUGAGAUGGCAGAUAGAUCCCGAGGAGAUCUUCUCGAAGUUAGAAAAGAUUGGCAAAGGGUCAUUUGGAGAGGUAUACAAAGGAAUAGACAAACGCAACCAACAAGUUGUAGCUAUAAAGAUCAUUGAUCUUGAAGAGGCAGAAGAUGAAAUUGAAGACAUUCAACAAGAGAUCAUGGUUCUGUCACAAUGUGACAGUCCAUAUGUCACCAAAUACUUCGGCUCAUAUCUCAAGGGUACCAAACUGUGGAUCAUUAUGGAGUAUCUGGGAGGUGGCUCAGCGCUUGAUCUUCUGAAAGCUGGGCUGUUUGAAGAAACCUAUAUAGGAAUCAUACUUAGGGAAAUACUCAAAGGUUUAGAUUACUUGCAUUCAGAGAGAAAACUACACAGGGAUAUCAAAGCUGCCAAUGUGCUAUUAUCCGAGAAUGGAGAUGUAAAGCUCGCUGAUUUUGGGGUUGCUGGGCAACUGACCAACACAACGAGCAAACGUAACACUUUUGUUGGAACUCCAUUUUGGAUGGCACCAGAGGUCAUAAAACAGUCUGCAUAUGACUCCAAAGCAGAUAUCUGGAGUCUGGGAAUAACAGCCAUUGAAUUAGCUAAGGGAGAACCUCCCAAUAGUGAACUUCACCCAAUGAGGGUCCUCUUCUUAAUACCUAAGAACAAUGCACCACAACUGCAGGGAAAUUAUUCCAAAGUUUUCAAGGAGUUCGUAGAAUUAUGUCUCAAUAAAGACCCAGAAAAUAGGCCACAAGCGAGAGAUUUGUUGCGGCAUCCAUUUAUAAAGAAAGCCAAGAAGACAGUGUAUCUACAGGAGUUGAUUGAAAAUUACAGGAAGUGGAAACUAAAGGGCGGCCAUCGUGAUGAUAGCAGUAGUGACAGUGACCUUGAGGACGCGGACAACCAAGGUGGAAGCACUGAAGAUUGGAACUUUACAGUUAGACACAAAGAUGGAAUAAACCUGCAAUCAUCAGAAUAUGACGCUCAUAAUCCUGAGAUUCAACAAGGGAACUCACAGCACAUUAACAAUACAAGGACGCCAUCUAUCAAUGGCACACAACAACAGCAACAGCAACCAACUUCUCCUCGUCGUCUUCCUAGGGCAGAUGCUCCUGUGGACGAGAGAAUAAUAGGUGGCGCUAUAGUGCAACCAGAACAAGAACACAUCGAACCUAAGAAAGUACCACCACCAGUUGCUGAUAAACCACAGAGGCCUCCUUCCCACAUUGAACCAGAGCCUCAAGUUUCACAAUGUCUUUCACAAGUCGUUUCUCCAGUCAUUGCUCAGCUGCGACAGAAACACAGGGGAUCUGUGUCAGGAACCGGGGCAAUUGACGAGUUGGAAAAUGCGUUUGAACUGGUAGAGACGCAAUGUCCUGGUCUAACAGAGGAUCUAUUGGUGGAGAUGUUACAUCGCGUCGCUUCCCAGACACUUCCUACUAGCAAAGUACAGCGUGGCAUAGAUAAUUUAACAAGGUACAACAGCUAGUGAUAAUAGAGACAGAAGCACUAUCAACAUAUUUGCAGUCCUUAAAGCAAUAUAUGGCAGUCACCAACGGAUCUAAGGAUGAUGUAAGACACUAACGUCUGCUGAAAAUGUUGCAUUAUGGGAGUUU